AUACAUUACAGCUCGCUAUUUAUCUCGGUCUGCAGCUUCCAGACCUUUGUUGCUUUCUCUCCACAUCUAGGGAUUUCAGUAAUAAAUCACUGAGGGGGAUAGAUAGACUCCCUUGCCCUUGCCUUCAUUGUUCUCCCUAACCCCACCAAAUCAGGUGGAAGGCUCUCCAAAAGGAGUUCUUCUCCAGAAUGCCUGCCUUUCCUGGUGAGGACUACAGAGGGUGGCAGGUGCCUUAAGGGCCGGCUGCUUUCCACUUUAGAUCUAGAAUUUAGAGAACAUCAGAACAGAAAGUCAGCCUCUGUGUCCUAAAUCAAACACCUUGAGAAACAGAAAGUUGAACUAAAAGCUAACAUGAGAUUAUUCUCAGGCCAGUGGCCAGCAAAAAUGAAAGAGGCCAAUUCUGUUUCCAUGCCUCACUGGUACCAUUGCCCUCAGACUCCCAGCUAACACCUGGUGUCCCUAAAGGGCAGUGUCACAGAGGGACAAGGUGGGAGGGGACCUGGGAAAUAAAUGGGUUUUUUCUCAGUGUAAUUCUAAGCAUUUUAUUACAUUUUACAGCUCAUUUUUUGAAAAGGAGUCUAUUUUAGCUGAAAAUGGGAGGGGGAAUGUAGUUCAACUUUUUAGGACAAGAUGAAAGAAAAAAAAUUCUGGAAAUUUUAAAUUAGUGCUUAACUAGAAAGCAUUCUUAGGAACCCAGAGAGGCACCAAAUGCUGUAGUUUCUGUUAUACACAUGUUGAAAUAAACUGCCUCAUACUUUAAGUUAUAUGAGAAGGAUGGAGAAAACCUGUUUCAUUUUGUAAAGACGUGCCCUGGGUGUGUGCUUGGCAGUGGGUAGAGCAGAAACAUUUAUAUUUCUAUAAAAAACACACAAGUGUAUAUUGUUUAACUUUCAUGCAAAAACUCGGAUAUAGUAUUUGGAAAUCUGUCUUUGUUUGAAUAGUUUAGUCAACCAGGAAAAUCAGUUACUAGAAGUGCUGUGCUAUUGUUUGUGUAGUAACUCACUUGGGAUGCUUUGAUUGAUUGCUAUGGUUCUCAUCAACCUCCUCUUCUGUGGAAAGUACUUAAACAGCUCUGACUCUCAAGCCGGGAAGUACAAAGAACCCUUAGGACUUGGAACAUACUGAUCUAGCUUGUGUAGGUUGGCUUCUAAAAUCAGUCUUAUCCUUUGCCUUCUUUGCAAGUAAGGAAUUAAGUUCACUUCAAGAUAGGAUUCCCCCGCCCCCUGUCAGCAAGGUAUAUAUCGAUGGAGGCUUUGUGUGGAAACUUUUGUCAUAGGGCUUUGCUCUAAAGCGGUCAGGUAAAAUUUGUUGACCAGGUCUUCUGCUUUUCUCUUUUCCGCUUUGCCCUUAUGCUCUCAUAACUUUCUAGACAAUUUCAUUUAUGGGUUUGUCAAAAUAUAAGUUGAAGUAAAAGUUUUCUUCUCUAGGAAGGUUUCUUUUGCAAAAACUUAGACUAAAAACUGGUGAUUGUGUCCAAGUGUAUCCUGGGAAAAUGAUUUCAGGAAUUAAACAUUAUCUUAGGGAAAUUAGACUGGGAUAGGAACUUAAAAAUAACUAAUUGAAAAAUUGGUUGUUUAUAACAUGUAAUUACAUUAGCUAUGGCCUUGUAAUUAGCAUUUGUACUUUGCAGAAGGAAAAAUAAGACAACACAUCACAAGACCAGAGGAGUUGUCUCCAAGGUAGUCUUUCUUUAAGAUAUAUGGUCUUACUACUUAAUAGGAACUAAUUAGAUUAGAAAGAGAAUUUGGAGUCUGGUUGCUAAAUAGAUUGCUUUGAAGGACUUGAUUUUAUGGUGAUUUUCAGUUAGUGCUUUUUUUUUUCCCAAGAAGUUUUGUUAAUUGGAUUAGAUAAUGUUUUAUUGUUUUUAUUCAGGAUUUUAUAUUGUAUGUAAAUAUCCUAUUUAUUUAUAAACAUUUCACUUAUACAUUUUUGUCGUGUAUAUGGUAUUAAUUCACUUUUAAGAGGCUGACAAGGAGGGCUUUGAUUCUUCUCAAUUAAACUUCAAAGAUGGUAUAUGGAAUAUACUUAAUGUCACUUUAAAAAUAUUGGAUUACAAUUAAGUGAAAAACUGGUUUGUUGGUUUUUUUUUUUUAAUCCUUCAAGUUUUCCGUCAUUGUUUGUGCUCUUUCCCCCAUUGUCAGGCUUAAAACAUACAGUAUCAUUGUCAUCUGUCCCCUGAAUAAUGGUCCUGAGGUGAUAUUAUUAAUGUGGCUUUUUAAAAUCAAACUAAUUAUACUUGCCUAAAAGAGCCACAUGUGUGUGAUUCUAGCUGCCUGGUGCCUUUUGAGAGCCCUGGAGACAAGCUAGUGAAUAGAGCUGAAAAUUCAUUCUGUAUUUGAUUAAAUGGAACAGACUCGCUGCUCCUUACCCCAGCAGGGGCUAUGAGAUCUCUUGAUCCCCGAAGCGGCUCCAAGACCCUGGGAAUAACAUUAGCGAGCACCUGAGGAAUUUCUGCCCUGCAGUGCCUUUUGUGUGUGUGUGUGUGUGUGUGUGUGUGUGUGUGUGUGUGUGUAGAGGGAUUGGAGCUGAGUGGUGAUGGGGCGGUGGAAGGAGGGAGCGGAGAGAGGCUACAUUAGAAGACUCCAUAUGUUAGCAGAUCUAAAAUCAAGGCAUGACUUAACAGCUUAUCUUAUAAGAGAAAACAGCCCAACCCGAAGGCAGAUUGCUAGUCAGGACUCUCUUACGAGCAGGACUGUGGUGAUGUGUUUUUAGCACUGAACUGAACGCCACUGUUAAGUACAAAAAGUCACUUCUCUGCUCUCCCUCUGAAGCACAAGCGUCUACACGUUGAAGACUUGUGAGCCAAAGCCUGGAAGUCUGUCCUACCUGCUUCUGUAAUCUGGCGCUAUGCAUCCAGAUCCUCAGCCCUUACAGACACUGCUGUAUGUUGUUACUCUUGCGAUCCUGUGUCCUUCCGUGAAUUCAGACUUGGCACCAUCUUUUAUUUCUGAGCCACUGUCCGCUGUCCAGAGACUUGGUGGACCCGUAGUACUCCAUUGUUCUGCUAAGCCUGUGACCGCUCAUAUCUCAUGGUUGCAUAAUGGAAAAAGACUGGAUAGAAACAUGGAACAGAUUAAGAUGCAACAGGGGACUUUGACUAUUCUGUCCCUUAAUCCCUCCCUUUCGGGUUCCUACCAGUGCGUUGCCAACAAUAGCAUCGGAGCAAUUGUGAGCGGCCCUGCAACAGUAUCUACUGCUGUUCUUGGUGAUUUUGGUUCACCAACAAAGCAGGUUAUUACAGCGGAAGAAAAGAGUACCGGUUUCAUUGGCUGCAAAGUACCAGAUAGUAACCCCAAGGCUGAGGUGCGCUAUAAAAUCCGGGGAAAGUGGCUGAAACAUUCCACAGAGAAGUACUUAAUCCUUCCAUCAGGGAAUCUUCAGAUUCUGAAUGUAUCUUCAGAGGACAAGGGAUCAUAUAAGUGUGCAGCUUUUAAUCCUGUCACUCAUGAAUUAAAAGUUGAACCCAUUGGCCGAAAGCUUCUUGUCAGUCGCCCUUCUUCCGACAAUUUUCACAUUCUUCACCCCACCUUUUCACAGGCACUAGCUGUGCUUUCUCAUAGCCCCGUCACCCUGGAGUGUGUGGUGAGUGGGGUCCCAGUUUCUCAAGUGCACUGGCUGAAGGACGGUCAGGACGCUGUGCCGGGAAGCAACUGGCGAAGGUUGCAUUCCCAUCUUGCCACAGACAGCAUUGACCCGGUGGACUCUGGAAACUAUUCUUGUAUAGUGGGAAACAAGUCUGGAGACGUAAAACAUGUGACUUACGUGGUUAAUGUGCUUGAAAAUGCUUCAAUUUCUAAAGGACUGCAGGAUCAGACAGUCUCUCUGGGUGCCACAGUACAAUUUACUUGUGAGAUUCAUGGGAACCCAACUCCAAACCGUACCUGGUUUCAUAACGCACAACCUGUUCAUCCUUCCCCACGACAUCUAACUGUAGGAAACAGACUGAAAAUCAGUGGUGUUACCAUGGAAGAUUCUGGGCUGUAUCAGUGUGUAGCAGAUAAUGGGAUUGGAUUCAUACAGUCUACUGGGAGACUUGAAAUUGAAAAAGGCAGUGGACUCAAGCCAGUUAUAAUUACAGCACCAGCAAGUACAAAGGUGGUAGAUGGAGACUUUGUUACUCUGUCCUGCAAUGCCACUGGGGUGCCAGUCCCAGUCAUGCGUUGGUAUGACAGGCACGGGUUGAUAACCAGCCAUCCGUCUCAAGUGCUCAGAUCAAAAUCCCGGAAAUCACACUUACGACCUGGGGGCUAUGACCUGGAGCCUGUCUACCUCAUCAUGUCCCGAGCUGGCUCAAGCUCUCUGUAUAUUCAGGCCAUCACUCAGGAGCAUGCUGGGAAAUACAUCUGCGAAGCCACAAAUGAACAUGGUGCCACACAGUCGGAGGCAGUCCUCACAGUUGUUCCUUUUGAAACAAAUACAAAAGCAGAAACAGUUACACCUUCCAAUCCCACUCAGAAUGAUAAAAGAGAUGGUUCAGAAGCUGGAUUAUUGAGCUCAUUUCCAGGGAAGAAACACUCCAGCGCAGUGGAAUCAUCGCCGGAGAAAAACACUAGUGGUGCCUCUGUCCCUGAUGCCCCCAUCAUUCUGAGCCCUCCGCAGACCUACACAUCUGAUACGUACAACCUGGUCUGGAGGGCGGGGAAGGAUGGCGGGCUGCCCAUCAAUGCCUAUUUUGUGAAGUAUCGAAAGCUAGAUGACGGCGUUGGCCUGGUGGGAAGCUGGCACACAGUUCGAGUCCCGGGAAGUGAGAAUGAGCUCCAUCUGACAGAACUGGAGCCAUCUAGUCUCUAUGAAGUUUUGAUGGUGGCAAGAAACGCAGCAGGUGAAGGGCAGCCCGCCAUGCUUACCUUCCGAACCAGCAAAGAGAAAACAACCUCAUCAAAAAACACCCAGGCGUCCUCUCCACCCAUGGGCAUCCCUAGGCGUCCUGUUGUUUCGGAGGCUGCGGACAACUUUGGGGUGGUACUUACAGAUUCCUCUAGGCAUAGUGGAGUUCCAGAGGCACCUGAUCGGCCUACCAUCUCUACGGCAUCAGAGACGUCCGUCUAUGUCACUUGGAUUCCUCGGGCCAAUGGGGGUUCUCCAAUCACUGCCUUCAAGGUCGAGUACAAACGGAUGAGGACUAGUGAUUGGCUGGUGGCAGCUGAAGAUAUCCCUCCUUCUAAACUUUCUGUGGAAGUUCGUAGCUUAGAGCCAGGUUCAACAUACAAAUUUAGGGUUAUUGCCAUCAACCAUUAUGGUGAGAGUUUUCGGAGUUCGGCAUCUCGUCCUUAUCAGGUGGCUGGGUUCCCCAAUCGUUUCUCUAACCGUCCAAUAACUGGACCCCACAUUGCAUACACUGAAGCUGUCAGUGAUACGCAGAUCAUGCUGAAGUGGACGUACAUUCCAUCAAGUAACAAUAAUACUCCCAUUCAAGGAUUUUAUAUCUACUACCGGCCAACAGAUAGUGACAAUGACAGUGAUUACAAGAGGGAUGUUGUAGAAGGUUCAAAGCAGUGGCACAUGAUUGGCCAUCUGCAGCCAGAAACCUCCUACGAUAUUAAAAUGCAGUGCUUCAACGAAGGGGGAGAAAGCGAGUUUAGUAACGUGAUGAUCUGUGAAACUAAAGUAAAACGUGUUCCUGGAGCUUCUGAGUAUCCUGUCAAAGACUUGAGUACCCCUCCAAAUUCCCCAGGAGGUGGACGAAACGUUGGGCCUGCAACCAGCCCUACCAGAAGCAGCGAUAUGUUGUAUCUGAUAGUUGGCUGCGUGCUGGGUGUCAUGGUCCUCAUUCUCAUGGCUUUCAUCGCAAUGUGCCUGUGGAAGAACCGCCAGCAAAGCACCAUACAGAAAUAUGACCCUCCAGGAUAUCUCUACCACGGGUCAGAUAUUAAUGGACAGAUGGUGGAAUACACUACUCUGCCUGGCACAAAUCGGAUAAAUGGGAAUGUUCAUGGAAGCUUCAUAAGUAAUGGAGGUCUCAGCAAUGGCUGCUCCCAUGUUCACCAUAAGAUCUCUAAUGGAGUCAAUGGAGUCAUGAAUGGGAACUUGAAUGGAGGGCUUUACGCGGGACACACAAGCUCACUAACCAGGACGCAUGUGGAUUUUGAACAUCCUCGUCACCUAGUAAAUGGUGGUGGGAGGUACACAGCAGUACCUCAGACGGACCCGCUGGAGCGCGUUAGCUGUCGAAAUUGUCGGAACAACAAUAGGUGUUUCACCAAAACCAGCAGCACUUUCAGCAGCAGCCCCCUUCCUGUGGUCCCAGUGGUAGCACCUUAUCCUCACGAUGGCUUGGAAAUGAAGCCCCUCAGUCACAUGAAGGUGCCCGUAUGUCUGGCUUCCACAGCCCCCGACUGUAGCCAGUCACCUGAGGAGAGCUUCAAAGAUGACACGGCACCAAGACCUGCUCAGCAUACUUGCUGUCAGGACGAUAGAAAUGACAUCGACAUUGAGUGCACAGAAGAUACAGCAGAGUUCAGCAGAGGAGACAGCUGUGUCCAUUCAGAAACAGAGAACAAAAUUUUAAGUUGGAAUCCUCUUAUUUUGCCACAUGGGUCAAAGGACUGUACUGAAAAGACAGCGUGGUUUCCUCCCGGCAUUCCUCUAGACAGCCCUUCAGGGGUCCUUCAGCAACCCCAAGAAACCUGAGGAUGUGCAUACGACUGGUCAUGCUCCCACUUCAAGCCAGCACCUGCACAAAACAGGCCUGGGGAUGGACUGCGUGAAGGACAUUCAUUCAAAUCAGAGAAAAUCGUUAUUUAUUUUUUGUAGUAGUAAGGUCAUAUGAAUGUAUCUUAAAUUGUGUGCCCUUUUUUAUUAUUUAUGCCUUAACAAUUCCUAUUCCUCACUCCCCCUCAGUAGGAAACCUAGUUUUGCGUAGUUUUCAAUCAUCUGAGAGCAGUGGUAUCAUUCCAUGUUUCCGAGAACCUCAGUGACCAGAAGAGCUUCUCCUGCAAGGAUCCAGCCUCUUGGCCGAUACGGCUCGAGAGGGAACUGAUCUGGCUGUUCGAAGUUUUCAGAUGGAAAGCUGGCUUUUGAUACUAUGUUUAUUAUUAUUGAGAACAUUUGGAAUCACCCUCAGCUGUCACUUAGUGUUUAUAAUAGCAGGUCUCUUUUGAAUUUUAGGAGUGCCUUCCACAGAAGUGAUAGGGGACCUGUUGACUGUCUGCACAUGGGCACAAGUUAUGUUCCGUUUUCUAGACACUAGUCACAAAGUGUCAUGAACAUGGUUUGAGGUUAAGGUCUGUGGGGUUAUUGCAUUUUGCAGAGAGGGAACCAGGGCCAGAGAGAAGAAUGAAUGUCCUCAGGUCCCACUACCCUAAAAUUGGAUUGGUUUAUAAAAUCAUCACUGUGGGGCUCUUUUUGACUGUUCUGAGAGUAGGAACAACAUAAGUUUAAAGUGGCGACUUGAAAAGAAAGACCCACAUUGUGCUCCCGAUGUCAUGCCACCCGAAAAUUAUUAUUUUCCAGCUUCCAACAUGGGCAAUGCUUGGAAGACGUGAAUGUCAGAAAAGAUUUAAUUUGGAGGGAAAGGGGUAUGGUCUGAAAUUUCCUGACUUUUUUCAGAAUGUCGUCAUUGUAAACAGGCACCUGAAGCUUCGGUUAGCAGAGCUCAUAAAUCACAGUUACUGCUCCCUCUGAGUGACGAGGACAUUUGCAGCUGCCUUUGGAAGGCUUUUCUUCUCCACAUCUAAAAAAAAGAAACAAAAGCUCACAAAAAAACACUACUACUAUUUAAUAGCUAUUUUAAUAGCUUUUGAGUCAAGCUUUAAUGGAUCACUGCUUAUUUUUGGAUUGUGCAUCCCUUGGGGGGAAAAAAAAACAAAAUGAUUCUCUUUAUGUAGAGUCAAACAGUUUCAGCAUAAAUGAAAAAAACUUCUUUCCCAAAAAUUGCAGUGAAAUAGACUAGAAUACUAUGUUAAUCAACUGUUUAUGUAAAUGCAUCAAUAUUCCCUUACAUAUGUCUAUAUAUUUUAUAAAUAGAGCUGUUAGCGAAAUACGUUGUUUGAGCUGGGUCACUAUGCGAGAAUGUCUUCGAGUGGAAUGUAGUGAAUAUAAGUUCAGGGUCCGGUAUUAGGGGUGCUGUAGAAUCAAAUUCUGCAUUCCAGAUGUCCAUACCUAUAGUAUGCUGGAUUUAUGAUUCAUGUGGUGUAGAUACACUUGGCUUUGGAGGGGGAUAUCUGCAUCCCUUCUGUGAUUAGCAAAGGACGGAGUCCUAGUGCACAGAAUAUGAAAACAUGCCCUGUGUUUUUUGCCAACCAACUCACAGCCAUGCGGUCACAAAGGGAGUUUGAGAAAACUGGGAGUAAAUGUUCGUAGGCAGUCAUUUUGAUUCAGGAAACAGAGGUAUAUUAGCAUGAGCCUUAGGUCAUAAACUGCUUUUAAAGAUUGAGUUUGAAUAUGGGAUUUGUCCACCCGGUAGAGGAGACAACUUUUACCUUUAGGGCAAACUCAUUGUGGACUGCUUUAUUUAUAUUAUUAGUAACGCUGUUUUAAGUGUUAUCCCUUUUAUUGUAUUUUAUUUAUAAAAAAAAUGCCUUUAUAUAUUGAGACAUAAAUAUAAAUAUAAAUAUAAAUAUAUAAAUAUAUAUAUAUAUAUAUACAGUUGCCUUACUGUUCAGGAGUUCUGCAUUCUCCCUGACCUUGAGUUAUUCUGAACUUGUAUGACCUGCACAGUCAACCAGCAACCGUCCUGCCUGCUGUCGCUUCCCCGGAAAGUCCGAGGACAUAGCACAGGGUGGGAGAUGGCCCUAGCAUUUGUGGAGUAGCUGCGGUGGACCAGGCACCGUGCUCAAUGCUGGCCUCUGCUAUCUCGGUAACCCUCACAGCAAAUCUGCAACAUAGCCAGUCACCCACCACAGAGCCUGAACUUUAGCCCAGUUUAUCUGGAGCCGUAAUCUGGGCUCCUUCCAUUUUUUUCCAUACUGCUUUCCAAAAGCAUGUGGUUCCCUCUUUCAAUGGAACCGGUCCAGUUCUGUAUGCUCUCCUCCCCUGCCGCAUGGUGCCUCCGAUGCCCUGACCCCACAGCCAGAGAAGCUGUGCUCGGUCCUGCAGGGGCAGAGCUGUGUGCUCUGGGUCUUUCCAGAGUCCCCGUUUCUCCCCAGGACACCCCUCACCUCUUCCUACCCCCCCCUCCCCGCCCCGCCAGGGAAUGUGAUCUUCCCUCGGCUUAGUGAACAUGUCACUGGUCAGGCCUCUUCAUGUGCCUUCUCCUCUUAGAAUUCUCUGUGGUUCUUUGUUUUAGCAUAAAACAUCCCCGCUCCUGUCGUAUCGAUUCAUUAUCUCCUUUUUUUCCAUCACGUACCAAUAGUCUGGUGAUGGGUGCCGUACAGGAUGUAAGCGAAAUUGCAAUGUUUUCAGCCUUUUGAAGUGGUCUUUUAGGAAAGCAUUUCUGGGUUGUGUUUAUGUUGAGUGAGUCUGUGAACACCGAUACGUCUGUAUCAGGCCGACUGUGUCGCAACGAUCAUUCCAGAUACAGUACUGCAAAGAGCUUAAUUUCAGAAUUGAAUUCCACCUGUGUUGCCCUUUUACAGCAAUGACUUUGAGAUGCAUGUCUUUGUAUCAUAUUGAAAAGUGUGUUUUUAUUUUCCUUCAGGUUGUAAUAUUCUGUUUGGAACUGUACAUAUU